AUGUUGGGUCACGUGAUGAUACUGGCCACGGCAGGUUUUGGCCAUGCAAGGGUCACAUACCGCUGGAGGCCCAUUUGGUACGAGUCUGGAUAUGGCAACGCCCAUGACAGCGGGUACGAUGGAGAUGUGAAUUUCUAUGGCAACGAAGGAGGAUAUGGCGACGGCGGAGGAUACAGGAGCAGUAGAGAAUAUGGCAACGUUGAGGAACAUAACGACGGUGGAGGAUAUAGCAGCAGUAGCGAAUAUGGCAACGGUGGUGGAUAUGACAACAGCCAUGGAUAUGGAGCUUCUGGUGGUCCGGAAACCGUACACGACAGUAGUGAUGGAUAUGGCAAUGGCCGUGGUGGACUUAGUAGUAAUGAUAAGCAUGAACUUAAUGGCAAUUCAAUAAGGGAAUAUGGCAACAGUGGUGAAGAUAUAAGAUAUGGUUCAAGUAAGCAUUAUGGACAAGAUAUUGGUUAUGGCAGUCAUGAAUAUUUUGAAACGAGUGGGGGAUAUGGCAACAGUGGGGAAUACAAUACAAACAGCGCCGAAUAUGGCAACAGUGGAAUUUUAUCGGUGUAG